AUGGCAGACCUGCCGGGGUGGCUGACCCUGCUCGGGGCCCUGGUGUUGUCAGGAGGGCUCUGCAUGAACCAGGAGGAGCGGCUCAUCCACUAUCUCUUUGAGGAGAAGGGCUAUGACAAGGAGGUGCGCCCCGUCAUCACCACUGACCAGGUCGUGGACGUCUACCUGGCUCUCACCCUCUCCAACCUCAUCUCGCUGAAAGAGGUGGACGAGACACUCACCACCAACGUAUGGCUCGAGCAUGGCUGGACCGAUUACCGCCUGCAGUGGAACAAGUCCGAGUUCGGGGACAUCGAGGUGCUCCGCCUGCAGGCAGACAUGCUGUGGCUGCCCGAGAUAGUCCUGGAAAACAACAACGAUGGGCUCUUCGAGAUCGCCUACUACUGCAAUGUCCUCAUCUACAGCACAGGUGACGUCUACUGGCGCCCGCCAGCCAUCUUCCGCAGCGCCUGUCUCAUCAACGUCGACUUCUUCCCCUUUGACUGGCAGAACUGCACCCUCAAAUUCAGCUCCUUGACAUACAAUGCCCUGGAGAUCAGCAUGCACCUGAAGACGGAGACUGACCCAGAUACAGGCAAGAGUUACCCAGUAGAGUGGAUCAUCAUUGACCCUGAAGGCUUCACAGAGAACGGGGAAUGGGAAAUCAUCCACCGCCCGGCUCGCAAGAACAUCCACCCUCACAACCCUCCCGAGAGCACUGAGCACCAGGAUAUCACCUUCUACCUCAUCAUCAAGCGCAAGCCACUCUUCUAUAUCAUCAACAUUGUCACACCCUGCAUCCUCAUCGCCUUCAUGGCCAUCCUUGUCUUCUACCUGCCCGCCGACAGUGGUGAGAAGAUGACCCUGGUGAUCUCAGUGCUCCUUGCCCAGUCGGUCUUUCUCCUGCUCAUCUCCCAGCGCCUGCCCGCCACCUCCCACGCUAUUCCCCUCAUUGGCAAGUACCUGCUUUUCAUCAUGCUGCUGGUGACAGCCGUGGUUGUGAUCUGCGUCGUGGUCCUCAAUUUCCAUUUUCGCACCCCCAGCACCCACAUCAUGUCUGACUGGGUCAAAGAGGUCUUCCUGGAGACCCUUCCUCACCUGCUGGGCAUGUCACAGCCGUCUGAGAGCCCGGCAGGCGCCCCUUGCAUCCGGCGCUGCAGCUCAGCUGGCUACAUUGCCAAGGCAGAGGAGUACUUCAGCGUCAAGUCCCGCAGCGAGCUCAUGUUCGAGAAGCAGUCGGAGCGGCACGGGCUGGCCAGCCGUGUCACCCCUGCCCGUUUGGCACCGAUGGAUACAGGCAAGGAGCAGCUCUAUGAGCACAUAAAACCCGUUGUUGAUGGUGCCAACUUCAUCGUCAAGCACAUACGGGAGAAAAACAGCUACAAUGAGGAAAAGGACAACUGGAACCACGUGGCCCGGACCCUGGACCGCCUCUGCCUCUUCCUCAUCACUCCCAUGCUGGUGGUAGGCACCCUCUGGAUCUUCCUCAUGGGCAUCUACAACCACCCACCGGUGCUGCCCUUCACGGGAGACCCCUAUGACUACCGGGAGGAGAACAAGCGCUUUGUCUAG